AUGCGACGACAGCAUAAAUUCCCUCCAACCAACUUUUCCGUCCAACCGAACCAUCAUGCCACUGAGGAAGUCUUCGAAACCCAUUUCUGUCAUAACCUCAACGAGAGCCGUGCAAGAAAUAUUGCAUCAGUCUCUUUCACACCUUCGGUACCAGGACACAACAGACCGACCGACCGACCUGCCUGCCUGCUUGCCCGUCCCAUUCAGCUUUUUGCCUAUUUUGCUUCCUUUCGCCUCGGCCGAUUGGCCGAUUGCCCGAUUGGCCACAUGCUCACACACCCUGUCGGUCAUCUGCGCCUCCCGCAAAACACACCCAGGCCUACCCUCCCUGCACAUGGUCGGUCAACUGUAUCCUCCCCGGCCGACUGUCCACUCGACCAGUCUCUGAGCCAGACUCUAUCCCAUGUCCCAGGUAGGGCUGGGAGCGGGCUGGUUGACAUCAAUUAG